AGUCGGACGCCCAGCCGACUGAGCCACCCAGGCGCCCCUAGGUGGAGGUUGAUUUUUAAAAGGUGGCACUGCCAUCUCUAAGGCGGUGGUGGGUGCCGUUGAGGGCAGCGUGUCCGUAUCCGCUGAGCAGUCCUGAUCUUGACCGUGAACCCGCGGGGGAGGAGGAGCGGCGAGGCGCGCUGCACGCCGGGCGCGGGGCUGCAGGUGCGUGGCUGCGGGGUCAGCGGUGGCACCCUGUGGCGGGCCCAAGGCCCGGGCCCCAAGUGCCCGGGAGGCUCGCAAAGUCGGGACGAAAAGCCUCCCCGAGUCACGACUCCGCGGCCUGCGCCACCCGUCAGGCCACCCAGCGGGCGCGGCGGGACCCUGAUCUCCGCGGAACGCGGUUUCCCGCCAACGCGAGGGCAGGGCCGCCAGCCGCCGCGAGGGGGCGCUGCGAGAGGCGCGGCGCCGGCGGGCCCAUGGCGUCCCCGGGUGGUGGCUCCCUCGGCCUCUUGCUCUGGCUCCUGCUCUUCCAGCCGCCGCUCGGUGGGGCGCAGGGCGGGUCGGCGCCGUCCCCACCCUCCCCAUCCCCCUCCGGGGGCGGCCGCGAGGACCGCCGCGAGAGCGUGUCGAGGGUUGCAGGAUCUUCUGCGACCCCCGUGCCCCAAGAGGCUGCCACUUCCCCACAGAUGGCGGCGGUCACCCCAGUUGACCCUGGUUCCUACAGGGCUGCGGCCAUUCCUCAGCCAGCGGCAAGGUCGCUGUUUCCUGCAGGAUGUGGCCACAGGUCUAUGAGGAUAGUUGGUGGAAUACCCGCCCCAGAGAGGAAGUGGCCCUGGCAGGUGAGCCUGCAGAUCAAGGAUAAACACACGUGCGGAGGCUCCCUCAUUGCCAGCCGGUGGGUGCUGACCGCUGCCCACUGCAUACUUGGCCACGUGGAGUACACCGUGAAGAUGGGAGACGUCCACGUGAACCAUACCUCCAGGAUGGCCAUCCAGGUGCCGGUCCGGGACAUCGUUAUUCACAAAUAUUACAAUCCUGUUGGAAGCAUUGAGAAUGACAUUGCCCUCAUCCUGCUGGAGUUCCCUGUGAAUUUUUCCUCUCACAUCCAGCCCGUGUGCCUCCCUGAAAAGAUGUUCAUGGUGGAAGCUGGUAUGGAGUGCUGGGUGACUGGAUGGGGAAAACGAAAAGAAACAGAUAAACCCGAAGAUGCUCCGGAACAACUUCAGGAGGCCAAGCUAAACGUUGUACGUUACGAGGAGUGCAAUAGGGCACUCAAGGAACAGAUGGAAAGUGGUAGUGACUUAGUGAAAAAAGGGGCUGUCUGUGGUUACAGUUCCCGAGGAAAGGACACCUGCCAGGGAGAUUCUGGGGGCCCCAUGGCCUGUGAAUUUAAUGAAACAUGGGUCCAGGUGGGGAUUGUGAGCUGGGGCUUUGGCUGUGGUCGCAGAAAUUUUCCCGGAGUUUAUACAGAAGUUAGUUUCUACAAGGACUGGGUCAUUGAUCACUUGAGUCAGGCUUGCUGUUGGGACUCAGCAGACUUCUUCAUACUUCUGUGCGUGGUGCUGCCCCUGGGCAUCCUGGUGGCCCCGUGAUCACCCCUGCCCACUCCCCUCCUGUUUCUGACUCUCACACGAGGCCCCUCCUCUUCAUUGCCCUUUCCUCCAAUGCUGGUUGGGAUCCACUGACCCCAUAGAGAGCUACCCAGUAGAGAGUGGCAGUAAGCCCGGAGCCCUGAAAGUGUCCCAGCCUGAUGCCCCAGUCACCUGCCUCGGCCACACCCACACCUUGGCUGUGCUCUGCCUGCUGGGAAGGAGGCAGCCGACCUGCCAGCUGGAGCCCGGUGCUUCCCUGACGCCUUGGAGAGCCUCUUCCAAAGAAGAGACCUCAUGAGCAGUGAGACAGCAUUCGACGUGGCUGUGGUCUCAGGCUUUCACCUGACAGUGAGCUUGGUGAUCGUGCAGAGAGAGCCAGGCGGUGUCACCAGGGCCCUGCUGAGGUCUGAGGCCUGGGGGUUCCACC